UUAUUUAUACCAUGUUGCCGUCAUUAUAGCAGAAGAAACCGCCAAGAAUGGACAGUUACAGAUUCGGGACCGUUGACUAUAUUGUGUUCCUCGGUGUGACCAUAAUAUCCAUUGCGAUAGGACUGUAUUUCGGGUUCAUAAAAAAGACCAAAAAGGAAUCGCCUGCAAAAUCCCAUCAGAUCUUUGCUUCGAAAAAGAUGGACGAGUAUCUGAUGGGAUCGCGCAAUCUAAAAGUUUUCCCCGUUGGAAUGAGUUUGAUAGCCAGCUGUUUAUCUGCCAUUGCAAUAAUAGGCACUCCUUCAGAAAUUUACUACUAUGGCAGCCAAUAUUGUCUUACUGUUGUAGCAAUUAUACUCCAAGGAGUAGUCGUAUCCUAUGUCUAUUUGCCUGUGUUCUCGGCUCUUAAAGUUAACUCAUCGUACGAGUACUUGGGCAUGCGUUUUCACUCGGUUAUUAGAAGCAUAAUUUCGAUAAUUUUUGUACUAGAUGUGAUCUUAUAUUUGCCUCUUUUGGCAUAUCUUCCUGCUCUAGCUCUGAAUCAGGUUUCCGGACUCAAUAUAUAUAGUAUAGAAGCUUUAACUAUAUUGGUGUGCGUUAUCUAUACUUUAUUGGGCGGCUUAAAAGCAGUGGUCCAUACCGAUAUCUGGCAGGUUGUGAUCAUGUUUGUUUCUGUACUGGUUGUAACUAUUUUGGCAACAUGUUACAUCGAAGAUGGAACUGAGUUUUUCGAAGGGUUGAAGCAGGGAGGUCGUCUUAUUCUUCUUAAUAUUGAUCCCUCUCCAUAUGCUCGUCACACCGUUUGGAGCGUUAUAAUCGGUGGCACUUUCUUUUGGACCUCACUUAAUGCGGUAAACCAGACGGUGGUUCAUCGUUAUAUGUCUUUGCCUUCUUUGAAAAUGGCAAGAACUGCUAUCGCCUUCAUGGUAAUUGGAGCAGUCUUCUUUACUUCCGUUGUUUGCUUUUUGGGAUUGCUUAUCUUUAAUGCCUACAAGGAUUGUGAUCCAUUGAGUGCUGGUUUAAUUAUGAACGACGACCAACUGGUGCCCCUUUUCGUGGUAAACAAUUUGGGCCACAUCUACGGAAUGCCCGGUCUUUUUAUUGCCGGUGUCUUUGGAGCCAGUUUGAGUUCCCUCUCCGUGUAUUUAAACUCCACGUCGCUAGUGAUUCUUCAAGAUAUAGUCCGUGGUUGUUUUAAAAUGCAGCCAGGCGAACGGGCAUCGACGAUUGUGGUAAAAUCUAGCGUCGUUAUCCUGGGAAUCGUAUCAUUUGCUAUGGUAUUUCUCCUGGAGAAGGUGAGUGGUAUCCUUAGUGUCUCCAUUUCGUUAGCGGCCCUAGCGGCUAGCUCCACUUUUGGAAUCUUUACCCUGGGAAUGCUGGUUCCCUGGGCGAAUACCAUGGGCGCAGCUGUGGGAGGAAUCACCUGCGUUCUCCUAACAGGCUGGAUAUCUUUUGGAUCCCAGGUUGCUGCGGCAUCGGGACAACUAAAUUCCCAACGACUUCCGGUGUCCGUUGAGGGAUGCUUGGUUAAUGCGACAAUCUCAGAAAAUGUUUGGGUGGACGAAGAGAAUGUGUUUCCGCUGUACCGUCUUUCGUUUUAUUGGAUAAACCCCAUAGGAGUUCUCACAGUGGUCGUUGUGGGUUCUCUGGUCUCUCUGGUAACUAAACCCACAGAUAUCAAGACUCUCGAUACGAAUUUGAUAUCCCCCGUAAUCCAUAGAUUCCUUCCAAAAGAAUACUUUAAAGUGCGAAGUCAUCACGAGAAGGAUAUAAAUGAUUAAAUUUUACUAAAAUAAUGAAAAAAUCAAACAUAGUCUGAAAAAAAAAGUUUUUCUUAAAAUGUAUACGGCAU